GUCAUGCGGUCAUGUGACGCUCUCACUGCCUGUUGGAGCCCGCUGGAGGAAAGUAUGGCGUUCGCUGUUGUGUGGGUCAUCACCACAGUUUUUAGUUUAGCUCAUUUCACACCUUUAAUUUCACUCGAAGAGGAACAUCACUUCAAACAGUGGAUGUUGCAGAAUAACAGAGUUUACGACCCUGAGGAGUUUUCCCACCGGCUCCACAUAUUCACUGCGAAUAAGAGGAGAAUUGAACAUCACAAUGCCGGGAAUCACUCCUUCACAAUGGGCCUGAAUCAGUUUUCAGACAUGACAUUUGAGGAAUUCAGGAAAUUAUUUCUUUUGACAGAGCCUCAGAACUGCUCAGCCACUAGAGGGAGUCAUGUCAGCAGCAGCGGACCUUACCCCGAGUUUGUAGACUGGAGGACCAAAGGCAAUUUUGUGACCCCUGUGAAGAACCAGGGUCACUGUGGCAGCUGCUGGACCUUCUCUACCACGGGCUGUUUGGAGGCUGUGAAUGCUAUUGCUACUGGGAAACUAAUACCUCUGUCCGAGCAGCAGUUGAUAGACUGUGCCAGAGACUUCAACAAUCAUGGGUGCUUGGGCGGGCUCCCCAGCCAGGCUUUUGAGUACAUCAAGUACAGCAAAGGGCUUAUGACGGAGGAGGACUAUCCCUACAAAGGCUAUGAUGACUCUUGCCAUUUUGAGCCUGCACUUGCUGCUGCUUUUGUUCUGGAUGUUGUCAACAUAACAAGUUAUGAUGAGAAGGCGAUGGUUGAUGCUGUGGCCAGGCUCAACCCUGUGUCUUUUGCCUUUGACGUCACACAUGAUUUUUUGUACUACAAAGAAGGUGUUUACACCAGCACACAGUGUGAGAACACAGCAGACAAGGUGAACCAUGCAGUCCUGGCUGUGGGUUACGGCACUAAAGAGAACGGCACACCAUAUUGGAUUGUGAAGAACUCUUGGGGCUCAGCCUGGGGGAUUGAUGGAUACUUUUUGAUUGAGCGAGGAAAAAACAUGUGUGGACUGGCUGUGUGCUCUUCCUACCCUCUACUUUCGGUUUAAGGAGUAACAUGGCAACAAAGUGGAGGACUGAUAAAACUCAGCAGAAAGCCUGGCGGACACAAUAUAAAUGGGGUUUAUAUAAUGGCGAGGUUGUACUUUCAUGUUCCCAAAAAUAUUGAAUCCAGAAGUUUGAUUUUUAAACUGUAUGUACAACAUCAUCCUGACAAUUUAACGUAAAAUGGAAGGUUUGUUUCACAUGAUCAUAAUCCCAUGUUACAUGCUCAGAGCUACUGAACCUGGUAUGGGUUUGCCAUUAACAUUUUCCUGUCACACUCUCAUUACUGUGCUUUGCAUUUGUUUCUCUGUUGAAGUAACUAUGAAUGCUCCUUUUUGUUAUAAGGAAGGAAGUUGUUUUCAUUUAUUAUUUGUAUUUAUUCUGCUUCUUAAUGUUGGUGUUGUAGGGCUCUUUGAAUGAAAAAUUAAUGUUAUUAAUAGCUACACUAAGGAAAUGUAUUUAGUCAUGCAUGCUGGCCAUGGUUCCAUAGAGACCAAAUCAAGUGUGUCAGAACUUCAGAAUAUAUUAAAAGGCAAGGCUCAGCUUCAACAAACUCUGAACAUGGCCACAUACAAAAGGCCCCUGAAGGGGUCAGGUCAGAUGUCAUGCAAUGGUUUGUUUGUUUCUAAUAAACCCAUUUCUUCUUAA